CGCGCCUACUUCUCCGCUGCCUAGGCGUGCUGCGUUCUGGCGGGCAAGAUGUCGGCUUCGCGAGUCCCGGAGCUGAAGCAGAUAAGCCGCGGGGAGGCUAUGCGUCUCGGGCCCGGCUGGAGCCACUCUUGCCACGCCAUGCUGUACGCAGCCAAUCCCGGACAAUUGUUCGGGCGGAUCCCUAUGCGCUUCUCGGUUCUGAUGCAGAUGCGCUUUGAUGGGCUCCUUGGCUUUCCUGGGGGGUUUGUGGAUCGUCGGUUCUGGUCCCUGGAAGACGGGCUAAAUCGGGUGCUGGGCUUGGGCUUGGGCUACCUGCGCCUCACGGAAGCCGACUACCUGAGCUCGCACCUGACAGAGGGCCCGCACCGCGUCGUGGCCCACCUGUACGCCAGGCAGCUCACUCUGGAGGAGCUGCACGCGGUGGAGAUCAGUGCGGUGCACUCCCGGGACCACGGGCUGGAGGUGCUGGGCCUGGUCCGUGUUCCCUUGUACACCCAGAAGGAUCGAGUUGGUGGGUUCCCCAACUUCCUUAGCAAUGCCUUCAUCAGCACUGCCAAGCACCAGCUGCUCUUUGCCCUGAAGGUGCUGAACAUGAUGCCUGAGGAUAAGCUGGCUGAGGCCUUGGCUGCUGCUACUGAAAAACAGAAAAAAGCCUUGGAGCAACAACAGACAGCUUCAGCAUGAAGCUAUAGAUCUCCAUCCCUUAGGCUGGGUUUUCUCUCCUAAUCUCUUUUCCCUGCCCCAUCUUUUUUCCAAAUUCUCCAUGCCCCAGGGGCUGAGAAAAGACUUGAGAUAAUUCAUUAUCCCUUAGAGAUGUGGGGUUUCUCCCAUUACUCGCUCCCCCCUCAAUGACUGAAAAGGAGUGCAUUUCAUUCCUGCCUUCAACCCGUGCAUAGUCCUCUUUUCUUUGGCCUCAUUGCAAAGCAGCAGCAGCAGCAGCCUGGGCUGGCACAUCAGGUUUGUGUAGAGAGGUAUAUAAAGGUCACAGGGUAAGGAGCAGCACCUGUCCAAGGUUUUGAGUGACCCAUUUAUUAGCACUAGCUUCAGUGUUUGGCCUUUGGGGUCAAGGUGAAGACCUUAACAUUUCUCUGCAUGAAUCUUUUGUUUGGGGGGGGGCAGUUGUCAGUUUCGUUCAGGCCCCAGAUAUAAGGGUGUUCUGGUUAGAAGGGUUCCUUAAUUCUCAAGGAUGCUUUUGGUUACGUUGGCAUAUUCCUGCUUGUUCCAUUUCCUCAGCCCAGAGAGAGGAGAGAAGAAAUCAAGGUUUUGGUGGGAUGUGGCUGGGGCUUUUUUGGUUCUUUCCUUAUUUUGGAAUUGUUAGGUUUUAUACUCAUGUGGAAUAUGGGAUUUUAAAGUACCUUGUACCUUUAAAGUAACUUUUACCUUGCCUCUGCCUAUUUUGAAAGAGCUUUAGGCUGACUAGGGUGGAUAGGAGGGGAUGCUUCUUCCCUGAAAGGCUGGGAAGACUGGAAAAGGGGUAAGACUUGGCAGUGUGUCUCUGUGUGUGUGUCCAUCUGUGUGUGUGUGCGUGCUGGCCUGCUCUUGAACUCACCCCCUCAAGUGCAAAUCUGAGCAGGAAAGAAAAAUAAAGUAGCUUGACAGCUCUUCAGUGUGGCCCUCCUUUUAUCUUCAGCAGAGGGGAUGCUACAGUCCCCAUCCCUGGGAUCCUGGCACUGUUCCUAGCUGAGUGUGCCAAAGGUUAGGCGAUAAGUCUGUGAAGAUGGCUAUGUUUUCUUAGGAUUGGACUAGGUAGUCAUCACUGAAUAAUCCACAUCCUUUCAAAUCCCUGGAAGUGUAUAUUUUUAAGAAAGCUGAUAAGGACUGUGGGGGCAGUAUAGCUUUGGACUUAAGAGUUUUUCUUUGUUCAGAGCUGGCUGUAUCAAACUUGUGACCUUGGCUCUAUCAGGUGAAAUAAUGCUUUGACUCUGGGACACUGACGGCGAGAGAACUUAGCCAGGUCACAAAGAAAGAAAGGCUCAGUUGUCUUACAGUUUUGAGUAGGAAGAAAUGAGAAUCGGGUUGUGCUGAUACAUUCACUGGCUUAUGAGAAGUUGGGUACUGGGUUCAGGACAUUUUAAGAGGGUUAUGAUGUAGGUCUGACAUUUCUGCAUGCUUGACAAUCCUAAUGACUGCUGUACUGGACUUUGAAGGCAUCUGUUAAUUAAAUCUCAGUCUUCCUUUCCUCAUACUGACCAAGCUGAAAAGAGGGGGACUAGUCAAAGCUAUUGUAGCUGUUCUAUCUGUUCAAGGCCAGUGACCAUCAGCUUUUCUGUAGUUAUGACACUCUUAUUUAGUUCUAGAAUGUUUCUUUUACCUCCCCCUCACACUUAACCAAACAAAGUCAAAUCCUACAACCUGUACCAUAUUUAUUUUUUAAGUUGUAGUAAAAUCUAAUUCUGUGAAAACUCUGGAAUGAAUGAAGUAGGGAGUUGACUGGGCUUGCAAAAAGUAGCUUAAGGCAUUAUUGCACUGGGCAAAUGCCAAGUGCAAAAUAAGGCUAGAAAAAAUGGUCACUUAGAGAACUAAGCAAAAAAGGGCCACAGCUUAGGUGAUUCGGAAUGCACAAGCAGAGGGGAUUGUCAGCCUCGUAUCAUUUAUUGGGUAGUGUGGCCUAGACUAUAAGGAAAGUCAUGUGGUCCCAACAAAGCAUCCAUGUUGUUCUCUUGUCUUGUAAAGAAAGAAGACUGAUUUUUCCUAGGCUAGUGGUAGGAGACCUUUUACAAUUCAGGAAAUUAUCUCUGGUGGAGAAAGAGAAAUCUAAAGUAAUGACAGUUACUAGGAAGCUAGAUAACAGCAGGCAUGGUAGACCCAAUUGAGAGUAAUACUUGUUAUGUGUAACUAGCUAUCCCAGAUGGGAACUAACCUAUGUUAGUUUAACAUAAUUUAAACUGUGGGGGCAGAAAGUAGCCACGAUGAGUUUUUAACAUGUAGUGAGGAAUAAGAAACAGAGAAGGAGGUAGGUGGCAUAUAUUACAUGCCAAGAACCACAAAAAUAAUGAAGACAGGUACUAGGGUUGGACUAAUAAGCUCACAAAGAGACUCCAGGCCAUGUAGUAGUCUAGUUUAUUGUGGCUGGGUGACCUUGAAGCUAUAGGACAUGAUGAACAUAGCUCCAGGCUCACAUCUUUCCUCACUAUUCCCUUUAAAAGACUGGCAUUUAGUUUUGCAGAGAUCUAGUUCUAUGAGACCCUAAACACAUCCUUAGGGUUUGGUUUAGCUCACAGCAUGGCUAAGUCACUGUGUUGAGGUGGGCAAAUACAGCUGAGAGGGGUAAGGGAGAUAUGAGAAAUCUGAGCCAAGAGAGAAAAAGCCUGAGGGCUGACAUAAGAAUUUAUAAGUUUUGUAAAAAAAAAAAAAAAAAAAAGAAUUUUGUGGUCCUAU